UUUGAUACUGUUAGUAUGAAGAGAAGUGGGCCCAACACUGACCCCUGGUGGACUCCACAAGCACUGUCCAACCAGGACCACAUGUCCUCACUUGUUAUCUGGAGAGCUCCUCAGCCGGUUCUGUGCAGCGCUGUGACUUCUGUUGUGACCAGUUUGGAAAGUGUCAGAAAAGACCUGAAGAUGAGUGUUUGUGUGGAGGAAGAGUUGGACCGAGCAGAACCUCCAGGAUCCAUCUGUCCGUCUGUGAAGAGUGACCGGUCCAAAGGUGAUCCUUCAUUCUUCAGUACUGAACCUGGACCAUCAGACACAAAAGAGAAGAAGCAGCCCACCUGCUGUGUUUGGUGUCAGGACGUCCUGAAGGAUCCGGUCUCUACCAGCUGUGGACACUGGUUCUGCAGACGCUGCAUCACCUCAUACUGGGACCAGUCUGCUUCACCAGGAGACUCCUCCUGUCCCCAGUGUGGAGUGAAUGUUGGUCUGCAGGAGGUUUUAGAUGAACAUAAGAUCAGUCUGAGGAGGAGAUGUGAACGUGUGACUGAAGGAAGUGAUGAAACAGGAAGUGAUGGAACAGGAAGUGAUGGAACAGGAAGUGGAACCCUCUUCAACAGGAUCUACACUGAGCUCUACAUCACAGAGGGACAGAGUGAAGAGGUUAAUACCCAACAUGAGGUUUGGCAGCUUGAGACAGCUUCCAAGAAGAAGACCUUCAGUGAAACUCCAAUCAGGUGCUGCGACAUCUUUAAAGCCUCACCUGACCAACAGAGACGCAUCAGAGUGGUUCUGACCAACGGCGUGCCUGGCGUUGGAAAAACCUUCUCGGUGCAGAAGUUCACUCUGGACUGGGCAGAGGGCUCCGAAAACCAAGAUGUCAGUCUGCUGGUUCUGCUGUCGUUCAGGGAGCUGAACCUGAUCAGAGAUGAGCAGUACAGUCUUCUCAGGCUGCUCCAUGUUUUCCAUCCAACAUUACAGAAGGUGACAGCAGAGAAGCUCGCUGUCUGUAAACUUCUCUUCAUCUUUGACGGCCUGGAUGAAAGCAGACUUUCACUGGAUUUCAACAACCAUGAGGUCGUGUCUGAUGUCACACAGGAGUCAUCAGUCAGCGUGCUGCUGACAAACCUCAUCCAGGGGAAGCUGCUUCCCUCGGCUCUCGUCUGGAUCACUUCCCGACCUGCAGCGGCCAAUCAGAUCCCUCCUUCAUGUGUCGACAGGGUAACAGAAGUACGAGGCUUCACUGAUGUCCAGAAGGAGGAGUACUUCAGGAGGAGGUUCAGUGAUGAAGAUCUGUCCAGCAGAAUCAUCUCACACAUCAAGACCUCCAGGAGCCUCCACGUCAUGUGUCGGAUCCCAGUCUUCUGCUGGAUCACUGCUACAGUUCUGGACCACAUGUUGACUACAGACCAGAGAGGAGAGCUGCCCAAGACCCUGACUGACAUGUACUCACACUUCCUGCUGGUUCAGACAAAGAGGAAGAAGCAGAAGUACGAUGAGGGACGUGAGAUGAGUCCACAGGAGCUGACGGAGGCUGACAGGGAAGUUCUUCUGAAGCUGGGGAGGCUGGCGUUUGAACAUCUGGAGACAGGAAACAUCAUGUUCUACCAAGAAGACCUGGAGCGCUGUGGUCUUAAUGUCACAGAGGCCUCGGUGCACUCAGGAGUUUGUACAGAGAUCUUCAGAAGAGAGAGUGAGAUCUUCCAGAAAACAGUCUGCUGCUUUGUUCACCUGAGUGUUCAGGAGUUUCUGGCUGCAGUCUACAUGUUCCACUGUCACACCAACAUCAUCAGAGAGGUGGUGAAGGACUUCCUGUUUGGACGUGGUGAAAGUGGGGACGAAUGGUCGGACUUCUGGUUAGGUUGGAUAUAUAACAGUGACACAUCCCUAGAUGACUUCUUGAGAAGAGCCAUGCAGAAAUCCUUGGACAGUAAAAAUGGUCACCUGGACCUGUUUGUUCGCUUCCUUCAUGGCCUCUCUCUGAAGUCCAACCAGAGACUCUUCGGAGGUCUGCUGGGUCAGACAGACAACAGUCCAGAAAUCAUCCAGAGAGCCAUCAACAACCUGAAGGAGAUGAACAGUUAUGAGAUCUCUCCUGACAGAAGCAUCAACAUCUUCCACUGUCUGAUGGAGAUGAACGACCACUCAGUCCAUCAGGAGAUCCAAAAGUUCCUUAAGUCAGAGAACAGAUCAGAGAAGAGUCUCUCUGAUAUCCACUGCUCAGCUCUGGCCUACAUGCUGCAGAUGUCAGAGCAGGUUCUGGAUGAGUUGGACCUGAAGAAGUACAACACUUCAGACCAGGGACGACAGAGACUGAUUCCAGCUGUGAGGAACUGUAGAAAGGCUGUGUAAGUCCAGAUGUGUUAAACAUGA